UGGAUAUAUAUAGGAAGAGAGGAGGGCGUAUGGAUGGUGGAUUUUCCCGAGAAAACAAUUCCAUUCUAUUCUAUGUAAACUGGUUUCCAACUUUCUUUCUUUUACUUUGACUGACGCCAUUUCCUGAGCAGCUUUCGGCGCUCUUUCUCUUUCUCUCCUACCAGAUUCGCUUCUCCUAUCGCUCUCUUUCUCUGCACUUCUCCACAUAAAUAUUAAUAAAUUUUUAUAUAUUGCUCUGUGUGUGUAUAUAUGCAUAGUGUCAGUGACGGAAUAGACAAGAGCAAUCUUCAAAUCAGAGAUCUCUCUGGAGGAUCGCGGAGGCGUAGAUCGAAAGGUUUUCGCUAGAGAAUUAACUCGGAUUCAUGAGAAAUUGCAUGUAAUUCAGUGGACUUUUAUUGCGAUUUGAUUACUAGUUGGCAUGGUUUCCCCGCAUACCCUUUUAAGCAAAACCAGAAUCUGAGUGCAUAUGGAGGUCAGCUUGAACACAUUGUGAGUGAGCUUUACAAAAGAGAGAAUCUAUCAGAUUAUUGUAGAAUCCCCUACACAUGGUGUGGCUUGAUUAGUAUAUAUUCUAUGCUUUCUAUUGUGAUAGAAAGAAUGGGUUCAAUCUGCAGCAGACACAAACAUUACCAUGAAGCAGAUGCUGAGGAGAAUGCACAGGCUGCAGAAAUAGAAAGGAGGAUUGAGCAAGAAACAAAAGCAGAAAAGCAUAUUCAGAAACUUCUACUGCUUGGUGCUGGAGAGUCGGGGAAGUCCACAAUUUUUAAGCAGAUAAAACUUUUGUUUCAAACUGGCUUUGACGAGGCAGAGCUAAAGAGCUAUAUCUCAGUCGUCCAUGCCAAUGUAUAUCAGACAAUAAAAGUUUUGUAUGAUGGGUCAAGGGAAUUGGCUCAAAAUACAACGGAUUCCUCAAAGUAUGCUUUGUCCAUUGAAAAUAAGGAUAUAGGAGAAAAAUUAUCAGAAAUUGGAGGCAGGUUAGAUUAUCCACGUCUCACAAGAGAGCUUGCAAAUGAGAUAGAGACGCUGUGGAAAGAUGCUGCAAUUCAGGAAACUUAUUCUCGUGGUAAUGAACUUCAAGUGCCGGAUUGUGCACAUUAUUUUAUGGAUAAUUUGGAGAGAUUGUCUGAUGCAAAUUAUGUUCCAACAAAGGAGGAUGUUCUCUAUGCAAGAAUUCGUACAACAGGUGUCGUAGAAAUCCAGUUCAGUCCUGUUGGAGAGAAUAAGAAAAGUGGCGAAGUAUAUAGAUUAUUCGAUGUUGGAGGCCAGAGAAAUGAAAGAAGGAAAUGGAUCCAUUUAUUUGAAGGUGUUACAGCUGUAAUUUUUUGUGCUGCUAUUAGCGAGUAUGACCAGACUCUCUUCGAGGAUGAAAACAAGAACCGAAUGAUGGAGACAAAGGAACUCUUUGAGUGGGUCCUGAAGCAACCAUGUUUUCAGAAAACAUCCUUCAUGCUGUUUUUAAACAAGUUUGAUAUAUUUGAGAAGAAAGUUAUAAAAGUGCCACUAAAUGUAUGUGAAUGGUUCAAAGACUACCAACCAGUUUCAACAGGAAAACAAGAAAUUGAGCAUGCAUACGAGUUUGUUAAGAAGAAAUUUGAAGAGUUGUAUUUUCAGAGCACUGCUCCUGAUUGUGUGGACCGCGUCUUUAAGAUAUACAGGACCACUGCCCUUGAUCAAAAGCUUGUGAAGAAAACCUUCAAGCUGGUAGAUGAGACUUUGAGAAGGAGAAAUCUCUUUGAGGCUGGCUUGUUGUGACCAUGGAGCAAUUUCUGAGAAAAGCAUGUCAAUAUUUUGAAGGACUUGAUCAGAUUUUUGGCAUUAGAAGGAACACCCCCCAACCCAUUCACCUCUGGUAUAUUGAGUUCAUCAAAAAAUUCUAUAUUUUAAAAAGUUUUGGACUCCCAUUUGUUUUCAAUGCAAGUUAAGAGAACUUUGAUUCUUUCCCCAUGAUUUUCUUGGCUGGUGGUUUGGUUUCGGGGAAAGCUCAGCCCCAAGAAUCUAUUCUAUUGUUCGAUUGUUGCUUUUUGUGGGUAUUGAAUCAUCAUACAUGUUAUAAACUUCAUUCUUUGAUCCUUA